ACAGCAGCGUGUGGUCAGAGCCCGUCUCCACAGUCGAUGUGCCAUGAAAAAUUAACUGCCCUGCGACAACCUGACCUCCAGUCUAUGUGUGAAGAACUUUUGUGAAUGAAUAAGUUGGCCGACCACUUUGAAAAGAGUUUGGUAAGCUGGCAGUGCUGCCAGGAUUUGGGAACAGGGGGAGCGGGGAGGGCUCCUGCUACCUUGGGAGGUCUGUAUGCUUUUCAACGCACUCAAAAUGGAUAAUGCUUUCUAUAGAUAAAUUUGGCAACUUCUGUCAAGGGUUAUAGACUUGAUAUUGAACCUUAGUCAAUGGAUUUACCGCCCUCAAUACAACAUCAUUUUAACUGUACUUUUUCUCUAGGCUAGAAAUCGUGAAGCAUGGGUGACUGGAGCUUUCUUAGCAGGCUCUUGGAGAACGCACAGGAACACUCAACCGUGAUCGGCAAAGUCUGGCUGACCGUGCUCUUCAUUUUCAGGAUCCUGGUGUUGGGGGCGGCGGCAGAGGAAGUCUGGGGCGACGAGCAGUCGGACUUCACCUGUAACACGCAACAGCCCGGCUGUGAGAACGUGUGUUACGACGAGGCCUUUCCAAUCUCCCACAUCCGCUUCUGGGUGCUCCAGAUUAUUUUCGUGUCCACGCCGACGCUCAUUUACCUGGGCCAUAUACUGCACAUUGUUCGUAUGGAGGAAAAGCGGAAAGAACGCGAGGAGGAUCUUCGAAAGGCCAAUAGGCUCCAAGAGGAGAAAGAACUCCUGUAUAGAAACGGAGGGGAGUCUGGCGGACACGGUGGUGGCGGCAAAAAGGAAAAACCGCCAAUCAGAGAUGAGCAUGGGAAAAUCCGCAUCAGAGGUGCCUUGUUGCGCACCUAUGUGUUCAACAUCAUAUUUAAGACUCUGUUUGAGGUGGGCUUUAUUUUAGGCCAGUAUUUUCUAUAUGGUUUCCAGUUGAGGCCCCUGUAUAAGUGCAAACGGUGGCCCUGCCCUAACACCGUGGACUGCUUCAUUUCCAGGCCCACGGAAAAAACCAUCUUCAUCAUAUUUAUGCUUGUGGUGGCUUGCGUGUCUCUUUUGCUGAAUUUGUUAGAAAUCUAUCACCUCGGAUGGAAGAAGGUCAAACAGGGCAUGACCAAUGAGUUUACCCCGGACCACGAGCUACUGCCCGGUUCAGACGCAGCAGAGCCAGAGUCCUCGAUCGCGUCGCCCAGAAUCGCCCCUCCCACCCUCAGCUACCCGCCGGACUACACGGAGGUGGCGGUGAGCAGCGGUGCGUUCCUGCAGCCUGUGUCUGCAUCAUCCACGGCCGAGUUCAAGUUGGACCCUCUGCGUGAGGAGCUAGAGGAGUCUUCCCCUUUCUACAUCAGCAACAACAACAACCACAGGCUGGCCGCCGAGCAGAACUGGGCCAACCUGGCCACCGAGCAGCAGACUCGGGAGAGGCACGGCGCCUCCCCUUCCCCUUCCUCUUCCUCACGUUGCUCUAGUAACGGGCGGCGAGCCAAAGAUGCUGCUCAGCCCACCAGUACUCCACCUUCCAUUGGGGGCAGUUUGAGUGGGGGGGCAGAGGAGGUGCACGUCACCACCACGGUGGAGAUGCACGAACCCCCCGUCAUUUUCACUGAUGCUCGACGAUUAAGCAGAGCUAGUAAAGGCAGCAGCGUGAGAGCGAGACCCAGUGAUCUGUCGGUGUAGAGUCUCUCUAGCGUAGCCCAAAGGUCAUUUGCAAAAAUGCACAAACAAACACACGGAGAGGAAAUUAGAGGCAGAUUGCUGGAAUUUGCAAGUUAUUAGGUAUAUAGUACCAUUUAUAAGAGUAACACACUUGGCAUUCAUUACACAAAGUGUUACAUCAUCUCCAAACGUCAGAUGGUCUAAAGGGGUUUGGUUGUGAUUUUAUAACAGAUGGUAGCUGAAUGGUGUUCAGGUGGAGGUGCAUGCCUGAUGCAGCUUAUGUUACACCAGACUCUGGAUUACAUACACUAAAAAUGCAAAAUAUUUAAGACCAUUUAAUUUUUUGCUUUAGUCUAGAAAACAUAAUCCAUUAACCAAAUGUGAUGCAUUGAAAAACAAAACUAAAACUGAUAUUAGUCAAAAAUAACGAAUAAAUAUGUUUUGGAAGAUCAGAAUGGGCUUGCACUUUUGCACAGGUAAUAUUUGAAGAGCUUGAAUGCAAAACCCUGUAAGUGCAUCUGUAAUGGGUUUUUUUUGUAAAUG